UCAUGCAGCAGAGUUGUGCAGCCCUGCUCUAGUGACAUGUCUGCUUUGCAUGCAGUGUUUUGGUCUGUUUCACACUUUGGUGUGGUGAAGCUGUACACAUAGCCAUUUAUAGAAUACAGUAGGUCAGUCAUUUCCUGUGGUAUUCUGAAAAGGGAAGUAUCUUUGCCCAGUUUAAAAUCAAAGGGGGAGCUGAGUAUCUAAAGAUGAAAGCCAUUGUUGAAGUCACCAUCUGUCUUAUUACAGUUUUAGGUUCUGUGAAGUCAGCUGAAGUAUUUUAUGGGAUUGAAGGUGGAAAUGUAAAGAUUGAUUGCACAUAUCAACAUGAAUAUAACGAGAAUGGAAAGUACCUGUGUCGUACUCGAUGGAUACCAAAUAAUGCACUAAUCAGCAGUGGUGAGCCUGAGACUAAGGGGAGAUUCUCUCUGUAUGAUAACCGAACAACGAGAGUCUUCACUGCGACCAUCACAGAGUUGACACAAAAAGAUGCCGGGACAUAUUACUGUGGAAUUGAUAUAAAGAGAAAUGUGGAUGAAUACACUGAAGUGGAAGUGACUGUCAAUAAAGCUCCGAAACCCCCCCCCACCACAACUCGUGCCACACGCUCAAGUACCACCUCUUCCACCACUACUGUGAAGGGGAACACAGACAAUGGACAAACAGGGGAUUGUACACCCAGCAGCCCUACAGCUGACACACACUCAGAAGCAACAGCCAAUGCUGCAACUGAGGAGAAAAUCACUGAAAAGGCUCCAGUCAAAACAGGUAUUUCAUUUGAUUUACUUUGA